UUUUAAUUUAAGAUGUCAGCAAGUAGCUGACAUCUUAAAUUAGAAUUUCCUGAGCGACUGUUCAUGAUUUCUGAAGCGCAGUGCGGGUUUUUACAAGUCCAACAAAGCGGAAAAAACUCGAUUAAACCGGACAUUCGGCGACAAAAGAAAACUCCACUCCUAGGUUGGAACACGGUUGUUUAAUUGGAUUUAGCAGCAUGACGACGUGGGCUACGACGUACCUGGCUCUAGUGAUGUUGCUUGUCGCGAAGAUGACGUCAUCAACAAUGACGUGUCCGAGACUGUGUAGUUGUCACUCGCGGGAAGUUUGGUGCGAAAAUCAAGGUCUGACUGAGAUACCGGUCGGCAUACCGGUGGACACAAGGAAACUUUAUCUCUUCGACAACAACAUUACCACCAUCCCCGAAGGAUCGCUGUCGCGUCUAAAGGGUCUGCAGUUUUUGGUGUUAACGUCAAACGGCCUCACGAACGAUGCGAUCCGACCUGGGUUGUUCUCGCAGUUGAAGGAGCUUGAGGUGUUGAUACUUUCAAACAACAAACUCACCACCAUUACCAACGACAUGUUCGCUGGUAUGCCGAAACUGGUCAGGCUCUACAUAGAGAAGAACCGACUGCGAACCAUCGCACCGAAGGCUCUUUUUAACAUGACGAAACUGGUGGAGCUGAAACUGAGCGGGAAUCAACUGACCAACUUUCCGAAGAUCAAAUCAUGCCCCAAACUCCGCAGACUCAGCUUGAACAAUAAUAAACUUGCAAGGCUGCAGUUCGAUAGCUUAAGCGAAGUCAAUUUGGAAGAACUAGAGUUAUCCAGUAACCGUCUUACCCAACUGCCUUCAACUACGUUUCGAGACAUGAGCAACUUUGGUGUUUUGGAUCUAAGUCUCAAUCGGAUUAGAAGGUUGCCCAGGAUAAUAAAGAACAUGACUUCGCUUCAUUCCCUCAACCUCUCCUGCAACUCCAUCAGCUUUCUUCCUCCGGAUUUGCUCCAGAGUUUGCGGAAGAUCAAGGUCCUGGACCUCCACGAUCUUCGACUCUCAUCCCUUAGCGAAUCCUUCAUCCCAAGGGGUGUCCUUUUCAACGUGGCGGACUUUUCCAUGAACCCGUGGCGGUGCGACUGUGACCUCUCUUGGCUGCCAAACAUUAUGAGGGCCAUACCAGGGGCAUUUAUAAACGUUGACAGUGUGCAGUGCGCAACUCCCGUUAGGUGGCAGCACAGAAAGCUCAACUCUUUGUACGAUCACGACCUCAAAUGCAACAGGGGACCCAGUUUGCCGCCCAGAGAUAAAGACACUGCCAGCCAUCCGCACAGACCGACUGUGGAUCUAUGUGAUGGAAUAGUUUGUGCUAACGGCGCCCCAUGUUAUAUCAACAACACGACAAACCGCCCAGUCUGCAGGUGUCCUCCUCACUGGACAGGCAUGUUGUGUGAUCAUUGGAAAGCAUUACCCACCCCACCCACAUCCACCACGACCACUACAACCCUAGCUGCACGCGCACCGUCGGGCAACGUACCGCAUCUUAUAAUACAGAGUGAUACCAUCACCCCGAACUCAGUGGGGAUAAUUCUACCAAGUACUGGACGAUCCCUAAAAGUUACAGUCACCGAAAUCCUUGCGGGUCGAAAAUCGACUCCGAACGAAUAUACGAUCGUUCCGACCACUCACCCUUACACUGUAAACGAUUUGGAGGCAGGAAAGAAGUACAACAUCUGCAUCACCUCAUCGGACAUCAUCCGGAGUACCGGAGGCAGGGACAAGAUCGUGACAGACACGUUAUGCGGGGAGGUAACAACCUUAAACCUUCCAGCGAGCGGUUCUCCCGACGAGACGACGAAAGAUUAUGAUUCAAAUUAUGUGGAACCGGACAAGGUAGAAAAUAAAGUUAUUCCACCACCGACUGUUGUCGAUGCUCCAGUCGUCGAUCCAGGCGACGAUGAAAAACAGACAGGCGACACAAAUCCUUCAGUAGAUACCCAACAUGACUUUCCGUUGCUUUACCCGGCGCUCGGUGCGGGGUUAGGGGCAUUCGUGAUCCUGGUAGUCGCCAUUUUGUUUUUUGUCUGCUAUAAAAACAAAAAGAAGCAGAAGAAGCAAGCGAACAAUAACGACUCGAUAAAACCGUCAGAAUACAGUCGGGGCCGACCGUCCAACGGCAUCUGUGACCCUGAUAUGAUACCGAUGAUGAUGCAGCAGGUUCCUAGACCGACAGUAACUACAUCAAUGGUAACCCCGCAGGGAGAAAUAUACCAACACCCACCACAUAACCACACACAGAAUGGGGCAAUACAGCCGCUCCGGGUAUCUACACCAAACAAAAACGGUUCUUUGGGACGCAGCAGUAACUCAGGCGGAAGCGUCUGCGGAGCGCCGAUGUCGCAACCCGGUGAAAUACAGCGCGGGUACUCGCCCGGAUCGAACGUUAGUCACACUGUACCAAAAGAUGGCCUGGAGGAGCCGCGAUACGUCACAAGUCCUAACUGCGCGCUCUCCUAUCCCAGCAACGGCGGAGUGUACAGCACCCAAAUUCCGUACACUACAACCCAACAACCCCCGCCACACACUAACCGAGGACAUGAGUUCUUAUACCGAGCUCACCCAGGCAGCUUAGCUGCAGAAACAAUCGCGGAGACGCGCUACGGGGAAACCCAAGGGCUGGUGCCGAGGCCAACUUGUACAACAGUGAACCACUACCACCACAGCCCUAUCGCGACCACAAUGGGACCGGACUACGCUUACCAGCAGCACGUAAACGGCUUGGUAACCGGUUACAGCCAACCCACAGUGCCGCAAAUCACGCGAUCUCCGGUUCGGUACACACCGUCUACACAAAUGGGGUCCGGAGUUCGUUUCCCCGACCAGCGAGUCGGUCAUCUAAGUUUGGACCGCUACGGUCCAGCGAUCACGAGCGGUCACAUGAUCGAUCCGAACAUGUCACCUGCGUUUCAUGACACUUUAGUCAUGUGAUCGUUGUGUCACGAUUUCUAAUCUAUUUACGCUGUAUAGGCGCUCGCUGCUGUGAAAAGUUCACUUAGUUCGAUUUUCGAAUUUUUUGUUUAUUCGUGUACUGGGCUGUACCUUGAUCUCGCUUUUUAGCACCACAUUAUAAUAUAACCCAACAUACACGCUCACUCUUUGCACUUUACACUACGAAUAUACCACGUCCACAUAUCAUACACGUAGCUGUUUUUACGUCACCAAUAUAUAAGCUUUACAUAUAUUGCAAUCGAUUGCAACACAAGUGAAGAACAACAAGAAACUGCCUUUGUUCAAAUAUACUUUAAACUGCUGCGUUUUCCGAAUUGCUAUUUUUUUCUUUUAUUGCCACGACCAAAUCUGUUUUUUCUUUGUUUUUUUUUACUUUCCUUAAAAAGUUCUCGUUGUGCCAAUGACGUCACAUUUCUACGGCGGCUUUGCCACGUGACCCGUGCAUUUUAAAUAUGAAACCCAAUAAAGCAAUUGCUUACUGCGGCUUCCACCGCGAGCGAACAAAAA